CUGAUGUACAAAUAAAGAAAGAAGUUCGGAUAGCCGGAGUGUGUUGAAUUGGAAAGGAUUGAAAAAAUUAUUGAUUGAAUUGACUACGAAAUUUAUCACUAAUUAGUAUCUAUAUACUUAUUUUAUAUACUGGAAUUGUAAAUACUUAAAUCGACAACAUAUAGCAAUUUGACUUGAAAUAAUUUCGAAGGCGACAUAAGGAAAACAUGCAAACUCUAUGGGACUUUCAAUCUUUUGUUAUGAGUGUGUAUAUCUUCUUGGUACUUUCACCUAUUAUCCUAAGUGUAGGGAUUGUCGGGAAUGUAAUGGUGGUGGUAGUAUUGCUGCAAAAGACGAUGCGCUCUUCAACAUCCAGCAUGUACUUGAUCGCACUUGCUUUUGUGGAUACAACGGUCCUCCUAACAGGCUUAGUACGUGAAUGGAUAAAAUACGGUAUAUCCCUGUAUCGUGAACAUUUCGGCUACAGGACGAUGACACCUACAGAUAUCCGAGAUUAUACCGAUGCUGGCUGUAAGUUUCACAUGUUCAUACUUUAUACGACUAUCCAUAUAUCUGCAUGGCUGCUCGUAUGCCUUACGGUGGAGAGGGUCAUCGCUGUUUUCAUCCCCCACAAAGUUAAACUAAUUUGCACUCAUAAAGUUACCCUAGCCGCCAUUGGUAUAACCUUUUUAGUGUGCAUCGCGCUGAAUUCACACUUCUUCGUCACAGUGAAGUUGAAUACAAAUGAAUAUUCCAAUGUCUCAUGGUGUGAUGUUGACGGGAACAAAAACAGUACGAAUGUGAAAUGGCACGAAAUUUAUGAUAUCAUCGAUGCAGUUGUCGCAUCUUAUGCGCCUUUUGUAAUUAUGUUAUCGGCGAAUGUACUGAUUAUAGGGAGGCUGAGAUUCAUCAAGUACAAAAGUGACAAAAUGGCCAGCAACACUUCAUUGGAUGACUCGAAACUUAACACCAUGACAACAAUUCUUUUAACAAUUAAUUUUGUUUUCUUCGUUACCACCUGUCCAAUUGUUGUCCUGACCAAUUACUAUCAUAUAUGGUUCGAUCUUAACACCUGGGAAGACUAUACGGACAAUGAACUGGCAUUUGCUAUUUGCCACAUGCUUUUCUAUCUGAACAGUGCGCUAAACUUCCUUUUAUAUUGCAUCUCUGGACCAAGGUUUAGAAGAGAAUUUAUGGCCCUCAUCAGACGUUUAAAGGGUAACGCAUAACGUUAAGUAAGAGUUUAGGUUCACAUCAGACGUUUAAAUGAUAACGCAUAUCGUUGAUUGUGAGUUCAUGGUCCUCAUCAGACAUAUAAGGGUAACGCAUAUCGUUAGUAAGAGUACAUGUCACCCAUAAGACGUAUAGGGGUAACGCAUAACGUCAAGUAAGGGUACAUGGUCCUCAUCAGACGUAAAAGGGUAACGCAUAACGUUAAGUAAGGAUGCAUGGCGCUCAUCAGACGUAAAAGGGUAACACAUAACGUUAAAUAAAAGUUUAUGGUCCUCAUCAGACGUUUAAAGGGUAUAACGCAUAACGUUUAAAAUUGGGUUGAAAACCCAGCCUUACUUAAACAUGGAGGCAGACAGAACUCUCCCGGCAAGCGUCAACUCUGUUUUAAAGGCUGUUUACCAUGGCAUUUGUGUUGUCCAACAGUCAAUAGGGAAUUUAAGCGUGCGAUGAUUUUAACUACCUAAAGGCGAACGGAAAAUAUUUAAGCGGUGUAUUUGUAUGGGUGAUUGGUCAUGCGUAUAGGUUAGAGUUUCGAUUUUAUAUGCAAGCUCAAACUCCCUAUUGUCAACAGUCAUUUAUUGUACGGAAUAAUAAGGGAUCCAUCACAGAAUAGUGUAAUGCAGUGUACAUUGCUACCGAUGUUCCGAAGCCAAGUACGACGGAACGAGCCAAAUACGACGGAACGGAAUACACAGUUUCAGGAGAACUUUUUGGCUUAGCAAAUUAAUUAUUUUGACUUUAACUUCAAAAUUAUAUAUCUUAUUAAAUGAUUAAUUAGAAUGCUAGAUUAUACAAAAACUAUCAGCUCCAUUUGGUAAGAACCAGGUUAUAAUCAUGCAAAGGUAAUACUUAGACUAUGAUUUAUUUUAACUUUACAAUAAAUAUUGGAACCUUAUCAAACUUUAUGAUGUUGCGAUGGAAGUUUACGAGAUUGACUAUUAUAACUUGACAUUGAAAUCCAUCUAUAAACUUAAGAAGAAGAGAUGAGUAGAUGUCUUGGAAUCUUAACCAAAGAUUCCGUAGCGACUGUGUAUUCACGCGGUGCCAACUACGACUUUUAAUUUGAAUUUUAGACCUACCAGGUGUUUGAAAAUCAAAUAUUGUGAUUCUCAUACGACACCGCUUUUCUUCAAACUUGUUCCAUUUAAAGCAAAACGAAAUGCCUUUCUGAUGGUACAUUAUAUUGUUAUACAGAGUCCCUCCUGCAAGCGCCGUUUGGGUCCCCAGCUGUGAGAAGCGCUUCUCAAACACCGCUAAGACGAGGGCCUCUUUACACUAAAGCAAUGCACCGACAAAAGGCAUUUUUGAAUUGGUUUCCUUUGAAUGGAACAAGUUUGGCGAAACAGGUUGUAGUAUGAGACUCAAAAUCCUUGAUUUUCAAACAUCUGGUAGGUCUAAAAACCAAAUCAACGGUUGUUUUCGUGUAUAGUUGGACCCGGUGGUAUAAGGGACGAGCGCAAGGCGCCGUGAUUGAAAAUGCCAAUAUUCAAUAGCCAUCAAACAGCUUGGUGUCAUGUUUGAUACAUUACGUAACUCCUCUCGGACUAUAAUUGAUCUUAUUGUCAUCGACAUUUUCAAUUCAUAUCUCAAUGCAGAUAUCAUGUAUCAUGCAUCAUUAUAGU